UAAGUAUGUUUGGGAAUAAAGUUUAAAUAAUUUUUUUUUCUUAUUUCAGAUGUGGUUCAUGCUACUGGCUACAUUAACCUCUUCUGCGGUAUACGCAGAUACCCUAGUGCCGUCUUGCAGCAAACCUGUUUAUUGCAAUAGUACUCUUUUGCAUCAUGUACAGUUGGCAAGAAUAUACAAUGAUUCGAAGAUUUUUGUAGAUCUCCAAAUGAAAAAUGAUCAAAAUAGCACGCUUGCGGCUUUUGGUGAGUUACUUAAGGAAACAAACGAUAAUCCCAGUCAAGAACAGAUAAAAAAAUUUGUAAACGAAUAUUUUGAUGAGGCAAGUGAACUUGAGACUUGGACUCCACCUGAUUACAAGCCGGACCCAGACUUCCUUGCAAGUAUUCGCGAUGAACAGUUAAGAGAGUUUGGUAAAAAUAUCAAUGACAUCUGGCCUACUCUUGGUAGAAGAGUAAAAGCAGAAGUUUUCGAAGAUCCCGACCGUUUCAGUUUUAUUCCCGUGAAUAACGGUUUUAUUAUACCUGGAGGCAGAUUUAAGGAACUCUAUUACUGGGACACGUAUUGGAUUAUUGAAGGACUUCUCAUAAGUGGAAUGAAAGAUACCGUCAAGGGAGUAAUAGGUAAUUUAAUCAAAUUACUAAGGACUCUUGGGCAUAUACCAAACGGAAGUAGAUGGUACUACCAAGAGCGAAGCCAGCCACCGUUGUUAACAGAAAUGAUGUAUUUGUAUAUUAAAAAAACAAAUGAUACUGAAUUUUUGAAGGAAAAUAUUAAUGACCUUGAAAAAGAAUUAAAUUAUUGGUUAGAUAAACAAGUAAUUACGUUUCGAGUUAAUGGUAAAUCACAUACACUCUUAAGGUAUUAUGCACCAAGCGAAGGACCGCGCCCAGAGUCAUAUUAUGAAGAUUACACCCAAGCCCAAUUAUUUGAAAAAAAGGAACGCCAACGUCAAUUCUAUAUUGAUAUAAAAAGUGCGGCUGAAAGUGGUUGGGACUUUUCUACACGUUGGUUCAUAAAUAAAGAAGGUAAAAACAACGGCUGCUUAUCCACAAUUCAUACAACUGAAAUUAUUCCCGUUGAUUUAAACUCUAUUUUCGCAAAUGCUCUUUUAAAUGUCGCAAAGUUCCAAAGCCUUUUAACGAACCCUCGUAGAGCCUCAUACUGGGCGUAUCUUGCUAAUGAGUGGCGUAAUACUAUAAAAGAAGUUUUGUGGAAUAAGGAAGACGGAAUUUGGUACGAUUGGGAUUUGACAAAUCAAGUACACCGUAAAUAUUUUUACCCGAGUAAUUUAGCACCAUUGUGGAUGGGUGCUGUUGAUAAAAUUUUUGUCAAAAUCAAUGCUCCUCGGAUUCUGGAAUGGCUUAUCAAAUCUCAUGGCCUUGGUUACCAGGGAGGCGUGCCUACGUCUUUGAUUCGAAGUGGAGAACAGUGGGAUUUCCCUAACGCUUGGCCUCCUCUAGUAAGCGUUGUAGUAAAUGCUCUAGAGGCAUUAGAAACUAAAGAAUCCCUUCACAUUGCUUUUGAAGUUGCUCAAAGUUGGGUUAAAGCAUGCCACACUGGAUUUACUGAAAAUAAACAAAUGUUCGAGAAAUAUGAUGUUGAACAACCAGGAAAAGUAGGCGGUGGCGGAGAAUAUACUGUGCAGACAGGUUUUGGUUGGUCUAAUGGCGUAGUUUUAGAAUUUCUUGCUAAAUAUGGUAAUAAAAUGUCUCUGAAUAAUUCAGACUCGCCUCUUCCGCUGUUUCCACCGUUGAGGUCUUCACCUGUAACCCUAGGCAAGGGGGCUGUGAUAUACCCCACAGCACUGGGUCCUCCCCUGAACUUAGCCAUCGACUUAUCCCGGCUUACUGAGAUACGUGAUGCCCACCCCCGCGGCGUGGACGCGUCAGGGAAGAGUUGCUCAGUUUUAAUUGAAACAAUCAUGCUUAUACAAAAAUUUCGACGAUAUGUACCUUUUUAUCCGGUACUAGGAUUGUUGGGCGCUUGUGCACAAGCUAUCACUUUGGUUCCUACAUGCAAUUCGUCUGUUUAUUGUACAGGUGAUCUUUUACACAGAGUUCAACUCACGCGCAUAUUUCCCGAUUCUAAAACAUUUGUUGAUUUGAAGUUGCAACGUUCUGAAAAUGAAACGUUAGCAGAUUUUGCAAAGCUUAUGGGUGAUACUAAUCAGAAUCCUUCGCGUGAACAGCUUGCUAUUUUUAUAGAUCAACAUUUCAUGGAAGGCAACGAGCUUGAACCGUGGAAGCCACCUGAUUUUGAUCCUGACCCACCAAUAUUAAAGGAGAUUUCAGAUCCUAAGCUGAGAUUGUUCGCAAAAAAUAUAAUAGCUUUGUGGGCAAAACUAGGACGAAAGGUGAAUGAUGAUGUGAAAAAAUACCCUGAUCUUUAUAGUUUUCUGUAUGUGCCAAAUGGUUUCAUCGUACCGGGGGGAAGAUUUAAAGAAUUAUAUUAUUGGGAUUCAUUUUGGAUAGUUCGAGGUCUUCUGAUAAGUAACAUGACUCAGACAGCUAAAGGUAUGAUAGAAAACUUGUUGUAUUUAGUUGAAAAAUAUGGAUACAUACCCAACGGAAGUCGAGUUUAUUACCUUGGCCGAAGUCAACCGCCCUUAUUAGCAGCCAUGGUAGCCAGUUAUUACGCGGCUACCGGAGAUCUGUUGUGGCUCGAAAAACAUAUCGGUACAGUCGAAAAGGAACUACAGUAUUGGUUGAGUAAAAAAAAGGUAGUAGUUGAAGUAAAAGGAAAUAAAUACAUGCUAUUGAGAUAUUUAGCAGAUAGACAAGCAAUUGGGCCACGGCCAGAAUCAUACUUCGAAGAUUACACUAAUGCCUUUGUUUUGCCAAAUCAUGAUAUGCGUCAAGACUUUUACAGAGAAAUGAAAAGUGCAGCAGAAAGCGGAUGGGACUUUUCUUCGAGAUGGUUCGUUACAGCUAAAAAUGAAGUCAUUGGCAAUUUAACAGAUGUACAUGUGACACGUAUUUUGCCUGUUGAUUUAAAUUCAAUAUUCGCCGGUGCUCUUGAACUUACCGGUAAUUUCCGCAACAUAUUAAAAAAUCGAAGAGAGGCUCAAAAAUGGUGGAGCUUAGCGAAAUAUUGGAGAAAUGCUAUAGAUGAUGUUAUGUGGGAUCCAGUCGAUGGAGUUUGGUACGAUUACGAUGUUCAGGCCAAGUCGCCUAGAAAGCAUUUUUAUCCCAGUUGCUCAUCACCGCUGUGGGCAGGUGCAGUCGAGGAGCACAGUGUAUCAAAGUACGCUGCACAAUUAUGUAAGUACCUCUUAUCUUCUGGUGCGCUUAACUUUCCUGGUGGUAUUCCUUCAUCAAUAUUACAUUCUGGUGAACAAUGGGACUUCCCAAAUGCUUGGCCACCACUUCAGAGUAUUUUAAUUGGUGGAUUGGAGGCUAGCGGUAAUGAGGAAGCCAAACAAUUGGCCAGGGAGCAAGCUCAAAUAUGGGUUCGAUCUAAUUAUAUAGGCUUCAGUUUAUGGCAGAAGAUGUUUGAGAAGUACAGUGCAGUGCAACCGGGUCACGAAGGCAGUGGCGGAGAAUAUACAGUGCAAGAUGGUUUCGGAUGGACGAAUGGAGUGAUUUUAGAGUUACUACAAAGAUAUGGCAAAGACUUGACACUUCAUGAACAGCCAGCUUCUCCUUCAGUUAGCAUGAUUGUGUAAUUUAUUUGUAGUUACAAUGUGUAUGUGUUUAAUGUGUUACAUAUUACGCUGUGACUUAUUAAAUUAGUUUCUCAACAAUUUAACAAUGUGUUCAUAAAAUUAAGCAGGAAUUUUGUAUGUCAAAUUUAAAUCAAAAAUUAUAUUUAAAUUCAAUUAGUAAAA